AUGAUCUUCGACAAAACUACCAAGAAUAAACGCCGGGUCUAUAUCACGCUACACCACCGUGACGACUUAUCCCUCCCACGCAAUCGAAAGAAGAUGGGCUAUGGGGCCUAUAACUGGGCGAUUGUCAUCUCUCCUAAGGUCUCAAUGGGCGGCGACUGCUUUGCAUACGAUGUUACCAAUGUCCCCGAGCCGGACUCCUUUCUCCGAUUCGAUUCCAACCCUAACCGCGAGUGGCGGUAUCGUCAGAAGCCGCACGUCGACCCGACCAACUCCUCGACUAUGGUUAAAAAGAUCAUGAUAGGGAAGCUCCCUAACGACAUCACCUACUCGCUUAUCCAGUCCUUUUUAGAGUCGAUUCCAAUUCUUCAGAACGAUACCUACCACAAGCAGACUGGGGUCAGAUGGAUUAUACAGGCUAUCCAGAAGCUCCAGGAUACUGUUCUUCUCGCGGACAAGUUCAGUAUCCGAAUGUUCAUGGACGAGGCAAUCAAGCUUGCGGAUGAACGCUUGCAGCUAGGGUCCUCUGUCCCGGAGAUCACAGACUACACGAAGAGACCCCCGUCAACCGACUACUCCGACAUUUCUAUUGAUUGA